AUGUCUCACCAGCAACAUCAACAUUUUUUCUCAACGCCUUCAUCAUUACCUUUCGUUAACGAUAAGAAUAAUACGCAAAGCAAUAACAACCAUAAUAGUGAUGAAGAUUUAUUUCACGACGAAAUUCAACGAUAUGACGCAGAUACAAUAAAACAACGUUAUGGCGAACAAUGGAAAACAUAUGCAUCAAAUGUACGUGAAAUAAGACAAGCAGACGGAUCAAUUCUCAAAGAGUAUAUCAUUGAAGAUCCAAGUUUAUUAGAACAAAUACAAGAACAACAAACAAAUCGAACAAUUAAUCAAUCAUCGACAACAUCCUCUGAAGAGGAUGAUGAGAAUGAAAAUCAUUCAUUAAAAAAUAAAUUUCAACAAAUAAAAGCAAAAUUUGAACAAAAAGCAUCAGUUAUGGCAUCACCAUCGGCUACUUCUUCCGCGACAAAUAGUUCACGUCAACAAAAAGUAGACGAAUUAUAUUCAAAACAUAAUCAACAGCCACAACGACAACAAUCAAAUGAGUCUGUAUUUACCAAUGAAAGCCGACGAGAUUCAUCAUCGGCAAUGACGAGUAAUAAUAAUACGCCUAGAGGCGUACAUCAACCACAGCAGGAAAAACGAUAUAAUUUAAAUUCAAUAACAGAUCGAUCACAAUCAACCACUUCUUCUGAUAAAUCAAAAACGAGUACGUUAAGAAGAUUUGAUUCGGCCGAUGAAGCGGAUGAAGAAGUUCAACGAAUACAUAGACAAGGAGAAGAAUUACGCCGUUUACAACAAGAUAAACCACAGUCGAAUGUUCAAUAUGAAAUAUUGGAUGAGAAUGGUGAACCAUUGAUGGUGGACGGCGUUCAAGAUUUGAUAAAAAUGGCAGCUCGAGCAAAAGAAAUUAGACAACCUGAUGGUACGAUUGUCAAAGAAUAUGUUAUAGAUGAUCCUGCAUUGUUGUCGAAGAUUCGUGCAUCUCAGCCUGGUGGGGCAGCAACUCCAUCCAAACAAGUUUCGAAUUCAUUUUCUCAUGAUACGAGUCAACUGCCGCCGCCUCCACCACCACCUCGAGUUCCUUUGCGUCAACCAUUGAGUCGACCAAUAUUUAGUGAUCAGUAUUCAGCAGGAACUCCAACGAAUAUUCCUAUUAAUAUUAAUCAUAUACGCACCUUAGAACCAAAUCGUCGUUAUGAAUUUACUACAUCAUCAGGAAAAACUAUACAAUUUCACAUUUCGAAUUUUAAUGAAAACGCUUAUACUGAUAAUGACAUACGUGAAUUAACACAUACGAUAAAUAAUCGUUUUGCAAUUCAACCACAACAGAAUUCAUCAAUCCCACCAGCCCUCUAUACAUUACCGAAGCAAUGGAAUCCUUCUGUGGAUUUAACUCAUCGCCCGCCAAUACAACAACAGCAACAACAACAACAGCAACAACAACAACAGCAACAACAACAACAACAGCAACAAAAUCCAUCAUCGUCUCGAGUUCGCUUAGGAUCAGAUGGAAAUGCUGUAUCACAAAUGCCUUCUUAUAACGUUGGUUUUAAUCCUUUUUCCUCAGCCGAUCAAGCGAUGCCUAGUAAUCUUAUUCGAUCAACAUCACAUGGCGCAAUAAAUCAAAUUAAUUAUUUACCACGUGGCUAUGUAUCAGGAAAUUCCAUUCCUUCAUUUGAACAGCCACAACAACAUCCUCCUAUGUUUCCACCUGUUAUUGCUCAACCUGUAAUUGACUGGAGUACAAUUAAACAACAAGCGUAUCCAGGGCAAAUAACAACUAUUGAUCCAGCUAUUUUACAACAAGUUUUACAACAACAGCAACACUAUCAACAAGUACCAAUAUCAAAAGAAGGAGAAAACAACGUUCAUUCUUAUCAGCCUCGACAGAGUCCAUCAGGUUUUCAGUCACAAGCACAAUUUUUGCCUCAACAACAACAGCAACAACAACAGCAUCAGCAGCAACAACAACAACAACAGUUGAUUCUUAAUGGUACAAACUAUCCAUCUCAAACGUCAACUGCUCCAAUUUAUUAUCAAGUUCAACCACAGCAACAGUCAGCUCAAUCAUAUCCUUUCAGUGGUGGACAACAACAACAUGGCGUUCGAAUUUUAGGUCCUGAUCUGUCCAAUAUUGAUACUUUACAAUUGCAACAGCAACAACCAUUUGCCCGUCUUUUAGUUACAUUGAUUGGUAUUGUUUGUUUACAACUGUUUAUCAUCCAUAAUUUUGUUGGUCCAAAAACCACAUCUUUGCAGAGUAUCAUCAAUUUUCAAACAAUAAAUGAGCUCAAUAAUGAAAUUGUAUCAUUUUUAACAAGUGAUGGUGAACAACCAAUAUGUACUGUAGAACAUCUCGAUUAUUUAUUUAUUGCCAAACAAAUAUUUAACAAUGCUCAAGAUAAUACAGUACAUUGGACACACAAAUGGUGGAUAAUGCGCACAUGGUGGAUUAACCAGAAGAUAUUACAAGAACGUUCAAAAACAUUAUAUGACAAUAUUCAAGCAUGCAUAAAUAUGUUGCAGGAUCACGAACAAGACAUGGAGAGCCAACAACAUCGUCAAUUCUUGAGUAUAGAAAUAACAUAUAUAUCUCAAUAUUAUUAUAAUUGGUCUCAGGCAGAAAGGUAUAAAAAUCGAACAGUUCAAAUAAGUGGCCUACAAAUUAGUUUAUCAGGCCAACUUGGAAAACGAACACGUUAUCAAGUCAAGGAUACAUCUCAAUUAUUUGUUGAUGUCAAAAGACAAAAUUCGAAUACAAAUGACCAUUUAGAUAUUAAAAUUGAUAUAUUACCAAAAGAUCUUACACUAAACGAUGAUGUUUUAUUGAAUAAAAUAGAAUAUGUGACAGAUAAUGGAAAUGUUGAGUGUGAACAAAAACUUGAUAUAGCAGAACAAUUGACAUUGCUAUUGAUAAUAAAUGAUUAUCAAGUGAAUAAUCCAAAACAUGAAAUAACGACGGAAGAAUUACUUGCUUAUCUUACUUAUAUUUUAGCUCACCCAAUUAAUUGGUGUGUACAAACAUGUUCGCUAGUAUUACGUUGUAAUCAUGAAACUCAAAAUAAAAGAAAAAUUGAACGAACAUUAACACAGUUACAAGAACUCAUUGAUCAAUAUGAAAGAUCGUCACCGUCAAAUAUACAACGUUUACAAUAUUUUCAUUUGACAAUGAUGCCACCAUUAUGGAAAUUACAGAGUGAUUUAGCAAAAAUAUACAUGAGUCUUGGCCUCAUCAACAAUGCAUUGGAACUUUAUUUACAUCUAAACAAAUGGUCAGAAGUUAUUGCUUGUUAUCAAUGUUUAAAUAAAAUGUCAAUGGCCGAAAAUAUCAUACGUGAUCAAUUAAAAGUCAAAGAAACAUCUGAUUUGUAUUGUUCAUUAGGCGAAGUGACAGGUGAUAUUAGUUAUUAUGAAAAAGCUUGGGAAUUCAGCAAAAAUCGAAGUGGUCGUGCACAACGUCUAAUGGGAAAAUAUUAUUUGAACAAAGGCAAUUUUGAAAAAGCUUGUGAACAUUUGGAAAAGGCUGUUGAAAUCAAUUCAUUACAACAUGACACAUGGUUUUGGCUUGGUAGUGCAGCAUUUCGUACAGAAAAAUGGGAAUUAGGUGUUAAAGCAUAUAGACGUUGUACAACAAUUGAGCCAGACAACUUUGAAGCAUGGAAUAAUUUGGCUGCCUGUUAUACAAAACUUAAACAAAAAUCCAAGGCUCAUACAGUAUUUCAAGAGGCAAUUAAAUGCAAUUUUGAUAAUUGGAAAGUAUGGGAAAAUUAUCUUUGGGUAUAUUGUGGUGAAAUUGAUGAUAUGAUACAAGCUUACCAUCGUCUAAUCGAUUUAAAAACAAAAUAUGUGGAUAAAGAUGUAUUAAAAAGAUUAGUCUAUAUUUUAAAAUCUGAGAAUAACGAUAACAGUGAAUUAUAUUCAAAACUAUAUCAAAAAACGCUUGAAUUAUUUGGUCGUUUGACUGCUGAAGUUAUAAAUGAUGCUGACAUAUGGGAAUUGUACAGUGAUUUAUCAGAUUUAAAACAAAAUCAAAACAUAGAAUGGCAAACUAAAAUUCUCCAACAACUUCAACGAGCACAUCGUUGUCUAACAAGUCAGACAGGCUGGGAAAAUCAAAUGGAAGGAAUUUUGCAUGUAUUAUCGUUGUCAAACAAAUUAGGAACAAAAACAUUCGAACAAAUUAAUCACUUUUUCAGCAAUCAUAUUUAUGAUGAAAGUUUAAAACAAGUUUGUUCAUCCAAUCGUCUAUUAUUAAAUUCUGUUUUGACACGUUUAAAACAAAAAUAUUCAGAUACUACAUUACUCGAUGAUAAUCAAGAGGUGAAAAGUAAUUAUGAACAACUUGGUGAAAUUCUUCAGAAAAUAACCGAUAAUUUGAGUAAAUUUCAGCAAGAAUAA